AUGUCCGUCGAAGAAUACACCAAGAACGCCAAGGAGGCCACCUUUACUCUCCAAAACGGUGACAAGAUUCCCGCUCUCGGUUUGGGUACAUGGCAGUCGGAGCCCAACCAAACCAGAGAAGCCGUCAAAACUGCUUUGCAAUACGGCUACCGUCACAUCGAUGCUGCUCACAUCUACGGCAACGAAAAUGAAGUCGGUGAUGGCAUCAAAGACAGUGGUGUCCCUCGUAAGGACAUUUGGGUCACUUCCAAGUUGUGGUGCAACGCCCACACCCCUGAAGCCGUCCCUGUUGCUUUGGAAAAUAGCUUGAAGGAGUUGAAACUCGACUACCUUGAUGCCUACCUUAUCCACUGGCCCGUUGCUUUCAAGACUGGUACUGAAAAGUUCCCCAAGAAUGGUGACAACAUUAUUUUCGAAAAUGUUACUAUCGAAGACACCUGGAAGGCUAUGGAGAAGUUGGUUGCAUCCGGUAAGGUAAGACAUAUCGGUAUCUCCAACUUCAACGAGGAAAACUUGGAUCGUGUUUUGAAGGUUGCCAGUAUUAAGCCUUCCAUUCACCAAAUGGAACUUCACCCUUUCUUGCCUCAAACUGACUUUGUCGAAAAGCACAAGAAGCUCGGUAUCCAUGUUACUGCUUACUCUCCUUUUGGUAACCAAAACGCCAUCUAUGGAACCGAGAUCCCUAAGCUUAUUGACCACAAGAACAUUAAGGAUGUCGCUGCUUCCAAGGCUACCGGUACCAGCGGUGCCAACGUUGCUGUCUCGUGGGCCAUUCAUCGUGGUACCUCUGUCAUUCCCAAGUCUGUCAACGUGAACCGCAUUAAAAACAAUUUCCAAUUCGUCCCUCUCUCCUCUGAUGAGAUGAAGGAGAUUAACUCUAUUGAUAUCCGUAAGCGUUUCAACCAAAGUUUCCCUGGAACCAAGGUUUUCACUGGUUUGCAGGACGGUAAUAUUUAA